UUUUUGUAAUAAAACAAAUAUGACUACUUCUAGAGAAUCCUUUCUUUUCACUUCUGAAUCUGUUGGUGAAGGUCACCCAGAUAAGAUUUGUGAUCAAGUUUCUGAUGCUAUUUUAGAUGCUUGUUUAGCUGUCGACCCAUUGUCAAAGGUUGCUUGUGAAACCGCUGCUAAGACUGGUAUGAUUAUGGUUUUCGGUGAAAUUACCACCAAGGCUCAAUUGGACUACCAAAAGAUUGUCAGAGACACCAUUAAGCACAUUGGUUACGACCACUCUGAAAAGGGUUUUGACUACAAGACCUGUAACGUCUUGGUUGCUAUUGAACAACAAUCUCCAGAUAUCGCUCAAGGUUUACAUUACGAAAAGGCUUUAGAAGAAUUAGGUGCUGGUGAUCAAGGUAUUAUGUUUGGUUACGCUACCGAUGAAACCGAUGAAAAAUUACCAUUGACCAUCUUGUUAGCUCACAAGUUAAACGCUGCUUUAGCUAGUGCUAGAAGAUCUGGUGCUUUACCAUGGUUGAGACCAGAUACCAAGACCCAAGUUACUGUUGAAUACGAAAAGGACGGUGGUGCUGUCAUUCCAAAGAGAGUUGACACCAUUGUUAUUUCCACUCAACAUGCUGAUGAAAUCUCUACCGAAAAGUUGAGAUCUGAAAUCAUUCAACACAUCAUUAAGCAAGUUAUCCCAGAACACUUGUUGGAUGAAAAGACCAUUUACCACAUUCAACCAUCCGGUAGAUUCGUUAUUGGUGGUCCACAAGGUGAUGCCGGUUUAACUGGUAGAAAGAUUAUUGUUGAUACUUACGGUGGUUGGGGUGCUCAUGGUGGUGGUGCUUUCUCCGGUAAGGAUUUCUCCAAGGUUGACAGAUCUGCUGCUUAUGCUGCCAGAUGGGUCGCCAAGUCUUUAGUUAACGCUGGUUUAGCCAGAAGAGCUUUAGUUCAAUUUUCCUAUGCCAUUGGUGUUGCUGAACCAUUAUCUAUCUACGUUGAUACUUAUGGUACUUCUGAAUACAACUCUGAACAAUUGGUUGAAAUCAUCAAGAACAACUUUGAUUUAAGACCAGGUGUCAUUGUCAAGGAAUUAGACUUGGCUAGACCAAUUUACUUCAAGACUGCUUCUUAUGGUCAUUUCACCAACCAAGAAAACCCAUGGGAACAACCAAAGCAAUUGAAGUUCUAAGUUAACUUUAACUGACACAGAUUUUUUUUAUAUUUGCACACAGCUUUUUGUUUUCAUUAACCACAACUUUAAUGACUAAUGUAAUGGAAUGACUCACAAAACAGUGGUUAGUUUUAUUUCAGCAUCAAUAAAACACCACUCAAAGAUCAACGCUCAACUCGUUGUUCUAAAAAAUUCACAAUUAUAGAUGUUUCCCUUUUUUUAUUUCACUUACUUUUGAUUCUACGACUUAUGUUUUAUUUUGAUAAAGGAUAUAUAGAGUUUUUUUAUUGCAUUAAUAUGGGGUCCUCAACGGACAAUUAAGGUUUUAUAAAUAAUAUAUGAUAAAAAAAAAAAAUUAUGCGUAGAUUGAGUAUCUUGCUUGAAUAAGCCGCGUGAGCAAUCAAAUCACUAACAGUAAGUACGUGCUAGAUCUAUAUUUCUAUCUAUUUCUCAUAAUCUAUAGGUAAAUUGCACUCCUCAUCGGACAACCAGUUGAAGUAUUUGAAAUAACUCAAACAUGCAAAAGCAGCCCCAAUCAACCCACCUAAUAUUAUAUCGAAAAAAUGGUGUCUAUAAUCUUGAGUACGACUCAAACCAAUAUACGAAGCAAAUAAUAUAGGUAACAAUACUACAACCCAAUGCCCUAAACUAAUGUGAGAUCUAUUCUUUGUUAACAUUCUGAAUUGGCCCAAUAUCCAUAACGACAAGUACAACAAUCCUGCAAAAGACAUAGAAGAGUGGCCUGAUGGAGUUGAUUUCAUCCCAUCAGACAAGUACAUAUCUCCCAAGGGAGCUGUACAUACCUCAAUACCAACAAGUUUAUUAAUUGGAGUGUUUGGUGCUGGCCCACAUCUUUCCAAAAAGUCUGGUCUUGGGUUCCCAAUCCAACAUUUGAAAAUAUCAGUAAGGACACUAGUUACAACAACACUGAACCAUAAUCCAAGACAUGAUACUUGAGAUAAGUGAAGUUUAUCAAACAAAGUAUUUGAAUGUUGUAUAGCUGUUCCUCUGUAUAAACACGUUACUAUUAUGAUUAUAGUGGGAAUUAUUGUUGAAUAUACGUAUAAUUCAUUGUCAGUUACGCGUUCCCUAACGGCAAACGGAUGUGAGAUUGUAGGAUCAUUGAUUGAAAAUUGACGAAAGAAUGGUUGUGCUACUUCUGUUACUUGGAAAAAAAAUCCAAUUAAUAUAAACACAACAAUCCAAUCUGGGAUGAACUGUCUAAAUUUGUCUGAUGUAAAAUAUAGUUGCAUUGGGCUUACAGCUUCCAAUAUACUCCUGUUGUUGUUGCGUUGUUUGUAAAACUUAUCAUGAAUG